UCGUUACGAGUGGAGCGUGAGUGACAUCCGGGUGAAAUGUCGGUGGUGUCCAUGACGAGGUCUCAGUCCCUGGUCGAACAGAAAAAGCUCCAGUGGGCUCGGGAACGAGAAGAACUAGCAAAUUUCUAUGGUUUAUGGGGAUCUCAGUACGCAGCGCAAACGUCACUGAGCAAAAACCAGUUCUUUUCUUCGACGGACUUGUAUCAAAGGGAUUUUGGAGCUGAGCACUGUACACCUGACUCUCCCUCUGAUUCAAAACAAGAGCAACAUAGCGUUCCCAAAAAACGUAGUCCAAGUCUCCCACCCAUCCCAUCAAAGGCUGCUGCGCGAAAGGAUAUGAAUUCAAUUGGAGACCAGGACGGUAACGGGGAAGACAACGGAGAGGAAACGUCUGGCUACAAUAGCGAUAACGGAGGAAACGAGGCAAAUCAAGAAUCGACGGAUUUGAAUCGAUUGCCGAGAUCAAACAGCCUUCAAAGGAGGUCAUCGGUAAAGAGCCUUAACGAAGGUCAGAGUGAGGUCAGUGCGCGGUCCUCUUGGGGUGAGAGGAUGAGGAUCAGCCAAAAUUGCAUGGUUGACAUUAAAUUCCCGCAACUGACGGGCGACGGCUCCGAGGUCCCUUAUUGGCUAGAAAAGAAACUGGACCAGAUGAGUUGCGAUUCACUCAGAGGGAGAGCAGAUGGGAUGCCGGCUAAACAUGUUGAAUUUAGGGGCAGCACGGAUACCAUAUGUUCUCAAGAUGGUAGUACCAGGUCCUUUAUUCGGGGGCAGAACGUACCUCUGACCGCUGAGGAAUUAAUUGAGAGGGAGAGAAGGCGACAGAGAGCGUUGGAACAUCAAAACGCAAUCAAAGAGCAGCUCACCGAGAAGGAGCAGAAAAAGCGAGAGGAAAAAGAGCGAAAGCUUCGAGAGGAGAUGGAAGAAGAAAUUCGUAUUCGAAAACAACAGGAAAUCGAGAGGAAACGGAUGGAGGCAGAGGAAUUCAAAAGAAGAUUCAAACAGGAGCAAGAAAUGCGAAAGGCGGAGGUGAUGCAGGAGGCCUUGCGGCAAGCGGAGCGGCUGGCGAAGGAGGCGAAGACCCGGCUGAAGAUCAAGCCAUUCCACUGCGACACCCCGACAGCGGCGGCGAUGCCAGGACCGACCAAGACGAGGAGAACGAAGCCGAAGCGGAGUCACCCGCAACCGCCUCCCCGGAGUCCCCGGGUCCUGGAACCGGACCCCGACCUGGACCCGGAUCUCCACUGGAGCGAGGGGCCGCGGGAAAGCCAGAGGGUCCCGGGGGACAGCGGGAGGGUCCUGGAGGAGAGCGAGAGGGUGGCCGAGUACGAGUCCGGUGCGGAGUCGGCGUGUAGUCUCGAAAGCACGGCCGCCUCGCUGUCCAUCACCGUCAAGACCUCCAGGGACUCCCAGGUCAGCGUCUCCCUCUCGCCCAGCAGGGCCCAGGGGAUCCCUUCUCCGGAGCAGAAACCUCGACGGAUGGUCGAUCGCGCCACGCAGACUGAUUCCGAACGGGAUCCGUAUCACAGACAGUGUCGACUUCCCUUGCGGUACAGGAGCCAGGGUCGACCACGUGUCCAGCCUCUGAACGAGCGACCCAAAUGGGGUGUCAACAGACCGGGCGUCCGCUACAUCAAGCAGAGCGAGAAAGAUCCUCACUACCAGAAAUGGCGACGGCGACGAAUCAGCUCAGAGACCAACAAAUCACCCUCAACGUCACCGACGAGGAGGAUAUAUGGCUGUGAAUCAAAUGCGGAGAAUGCGAUCUCCGGCGAGAAAAACACGAUCGUAACACGCGAGACGUACGGGAGGAACCAGGAUUCGAGCGAGGAGGGCAGCACUUAUUAUUCAAGACCUCGAAUCAUCGAAAGAGAUGAUUAUGGAGGGUCAGCAACGAGUAUACGAGCAGAGAAUCAACAAAAAAAUAAGUCAAAUAGUUGCUCAGAGCCCUGUCUUACAUCAGAAUUCCGCACCCAGUCCCGAGAAAGAGGUGGAAGCAGUAUGUAUUCCCGAAUACCACCGUCUACCCAUCACAGAGAGGGCAAAGAGAGGACCAGACGAGCCCCUGGCCUUUAUAGGAAUCACUCUCCUUUGUCGUCCGACGGAUCGCUAUAAAUUAAAAUCAAAGUUACAUCUCAGGGUACCUGAGAUUUUCUCCCUUGACGGAGCAAUGCGCCUCUAAUUCCUGUGAGGAAGUGAGGGUUAGUGAAAUAAGCCCCCCCCCCCUUAGUUUUUAGGUAUAAUUCCAAAUGUGUAAGUGUCUGAAAGCGCAAACCCCAAAAGCGCAAAAUAAAUCGACCUAGGAUAGUACUGUAUGCGACGAAUACCGAUGAAAUAUCGUAACGCCUGGCUGUAACUAUUCGGGCUCCACGGAUGUCCGUGUCGCAUACACACGGGAGUGAAGGCGUUUUUAUUCUCCGCGCACUUAGCUUUUAACGCGUGACACGGCGGCGGCGAACUGUGAUGCGAGGAUCCAAAAUGACAACUUGCAUUAAAUUCCACGUUUAUACUACAAAUAAGUCUCCAGGGCACGAAUUGGACAUGAUUGUCUUGUGUGCUUCAGUUUUGAUAUCGCGAUGCGUGGAGUAUGUUUUGAAGAGCGAAUUUUCAUGCCCACGAAAUGUUUUCGUGAAAUAAACGAAAAAUUGAAGGCGCUCCGUCCUUUUUGAUCCUCGCAGUACUGUCCGCCGUUGAGUUGCUGUGUAGAGGGCUAAUCAAAACGCCUUCAUUUACGUGCGUAUGCAACACGGACAUCCGUAGAGCCCGAAUAGUUGCAUCCAGGGGUUACAAAAAAAUUAGCUUAUUUAUCGCAUGCGAUAACAUCCGAGGGUGACUCACUUGUUUUUCAUAAACAUCAACUUGACUGAAGCGUUGCCUAUUGUACCGAUGAAGUAAAAAUCACCGAUUUUUAUCAUGACGUCAUUGUUAUUAUUUUUUUUAAGGCCUAAAGUUUUAACGUGAAAUCUCAGGUAAGGCGUUGACAAAUAUAAAAUCUUUGUUUCUUUCUAUAUUUUCUUAUUUUUAGGUAUUUGCGCUUUUGGGUCAUGCGUUCCUGACUUUAGGAGUUUGUGCCUUCAAACAUUUGCGCUUUUGAGAGUGCCGUCCGGCCGGUAAGUGGCACAAUUCCGAGUAGAAUUCGCUUUAAGGAUUGUGGCAGUAAGAAACCUGAAGUAUAGUUAAACAUGUUCAAAGGGAAUUUUGGAGGCGCUUAAAAGCAAUGACUGUUCGAAAGUCCUUGAAAAGUGUUAUAAUUGACGC